CAGAUACCUCUACAAAAUGGAAGUUCCAGCUAAAAGACCAGUGUCGCCGUCUCUGGAGAUACCUCCGCCUGACAAGAAGCUCAGAGACUCAAAAGGAUUCAGAAUGAAGCGCCAGUACAUCGACAAGCAAACGCUUACUGCCUAUGAACAGUUGGGAGGUGAAACGUCUAGCGAUGCCAGCAUCAACAAAGAAAAGACCAUUCACGAGGAGGAAGCAGAGGGUGCCAAGUACAUCAUCGAUGGCAGGCUCAGAAGAGUGAAUCCGUACUACUUCACUUACCUCACCUACUGCAAGAUGAGAUGGAGAGACCGCAAUCUCUUGGACAUCUUUGUCAACGAGUUCCGGGACAGGGACGCCGAGUUCUACAAGAAAACAAUAGCAGCUGGCCAGGUGACCAUCAACAAGAAGCCUGCCGACAUCAACACCAUUGUACGAAACGGAGACUUGAUCAGCCAUCGUUGUUUCAGACGGGAGCCUCCAGUUACCUCCAGAGAAAUCAAGAUCGUGCACGAGGACGAGAACAUCAUCGCCAUAGAUAAACCUUCCGGGAUUCCUGUCCAUCCCACCGGAAGGUAUAGGUACAACACGGUGACCAAGGUGUUCCAGCAUGAAUUGGGCAAAACUGUGCAUCCGUGCAAUCGACUCGAUAGACUCACCAGUGGGUUGAUGUUCUUGGGAAAGAACGCCAAAGGAGCCGAUGGAUUUGUGCAACAGAUCAGAGACAGAACCGUCAAAAAAGAGUAUAUCGCUCGAGUCAAAGGAGAAUUUCCCGAUGGCACCACGGAGGUGGAUCAGCCAUUAAGCACCGUAGCCCCCAAACUUGGUUUGAAUCGUGUCGAUGUCGCCAAUGGAAAGGAGGCCAAAACCGUCUACAAAAAAAUUUCUUACGACAAAGAGUCCGAUACCUCCAUAGUCAAGUGCCACCCCUUGACUGGAAGAUCGCAUCAGAUCAGAGUCCAUUUGCAAUACUUGGGACAUCCUAUAGCCAACGACCCCAUCUAUUCCAAUGAGUUUGUGUGGGGAAAGUCAUUGGGCAAAAACAACGAAGGAAACGAUGAAGAAAUCAUUCAGAGAUUGGACAAAAUUGGGAAGGAUGUAGCUGCUUCAUCCUGGAUCCACCCUGAGGGAGAUGGCGAAACCUUGAGUGACGAGAUUUGUGAAGUUUCUGGCAUGCCUAUCUACUCGGAUCCCGGUCCUAAUGACUUGGACUUGUGGCUCCACGCCUAUAAGUAUGAAGCAGAAGACAAGUCCUGGUCUUACAAGACAGAGUACCCAGAAUGGGCUAUUAAUCCCCAAAGAAAAUUCAUGGAGUUGGCCAUUGAAGAAGCUAAGAAGUGUGGGGAGACCCAGACCCAAUUUAAUGUUGGUGCUGUAUUGGUGCACCGUGGAGAGGUGUUGGCCACAGGUCAUUCGCGUGAGCUCCCUGGCAACACCCAUGCCGAACAGUGUGCUCUUGAAAAGUACUUCGAGGCCACUGGUACCAAGGACGUUCCUGUUGGCACUGAAAUAUAUACUACCAUGGAGCCAUGCUCCUUGAGAUUGAGUGGAAAUCUUCCGUGUGUUGAUAGAAUCUUGAACUCUAAUAUCAAAACCUGUUUUGUUGGAGUGGUUGAACCUGAGAUUUUUGUCAAAAACAAUUCGAGCUUGAGCAAACUCAGUGCUAAGGGUGUGGAGUAUAUUCAUAUACCUGGCUAUGAGGAGAUAUGUUUGGAAAUUGCGAAAAAGGGCCACGAGAAGAUGGAGCACAAGAUAGAAGCCAAAGAAGAUACCACCGAGAAAGAUCAAGAGAAGAUAGAAGCCAAAGAGGAAACCAACGAAAAUCAAGAGCACAAGAAACACAAAGAUACCAGCGAAGAUCAAGAGCACAGAAUAGACUCUAAGGAGAGCAAAUAGAUCUACCACAGGGGUCUUGGUAGACCACCACAAAUAUUAAAUACUACACUCAAUCCCUUUGAAAUAAACAUUCCUU